GGGACUUGGUGCGGGGAUACAAUGCUGGUGUUUGUGUAACAGCCCCUGCGUGGCGGCCGGCCCUCUCAGCUCCCUCUCUUCCACUUGGUUACGGCUGCUGCACACAUUGUCGGAGAGCAGAAAAGUAAAGCGGACAGCUUGAUCCAGUCUGGGGGACAUAUGGAGAGAGAUGGUGAGGAGAUAAGCAGGGUUUCCAGAGGCACUUUGUGAAGCUCUUGGACACUACCUGGAAUCUGGGAAUCAAGGAGAAAGUGUGUAUAGCCCACUAGUGCCACCUCACGCAGGUGAGCCAGGCAGGCCAGACAGGCCCUGGCAGGUUGGGUCUCACAUCUACUGCUCAAGCCAUACAGUGUCAGAGGAAGAGGAGUGUGAGGAGAGCAGCAGAUUUGGAGAGCAGAAGGCUUGGUGGUGCUGUGCAGGAUGCCCGAGAAGAAAGUCAGCCUCCCUGCUAAGCUGAUUAACGGGGGCGUGGCAGGGCUGGUGGGCGUCACCUGCGUGUUUCCCAUUGAUCUGGCCAAGACCCGCCUUCAAAAUCAGCAGGGUGCUCGAGUCUAUAGUGGGAUGCUGGACUGUUUGACUAAGACGGUUAGGACGGAGGGCUACUUCGGCAUGUAUCGAGGCGCUGCAGUGAACCUCACACUUGUAACUCCAGAAAAAGCCAUCAAACUUGCAGCCAAUGACAUCUUCAGGCAGAAGCUCUCUAAAGACGGGAAGUUGCCCUUGUGGGGGGAGAUCCUUGCAGGCUGUGGGGCAGGAACAUGUCAGGUGGUGGUCACCACCCCCAUGGAGAUGCUGAAAAUACAGCUGCAGGACGCUGGCAGGUUGGCUGCCCAGAGGUCGGUCUCGGCCUCGGCUCCAGCCGCCUCUCCGGCUCCCUCUCUGGUGGCGUCUCGAACAGCUCAAGCGGGUCAUGCUGCAGCACGCCGGGCUUCAGCCACCAGCAUUACUCUGGAACUGCUGAGAACGCGCGGCCUCAGGGGGCUGUACAGGGGCACUGGGGCCACUCUGCUCAGGGACGUUCCGUUCUCCAUGAUCUACUUUCCACUGUUCGCCAAACUCAACGCGGUGGGUCGGAGAGAAGAUCUCCAUGGUAACCCCCAGGACCGGGCUCCCUUCAUGCAGUCUUUUAUGGCUGGCUGUGCGGCAGGCUCAGUGGCGGCUGUAGCGGUCACUCCACUGGACGUCAUAAAGACUCGGCUUCAGACCUUGCAGAAGGGGCAGGGAGAAGAUUCAUACAGAGGAAUCAUCGACUGCACACGACGCAUCCUGAAUCGAGAGGGACCGCUGGCCUUUCUUAAAGGGGCGACGUGUCGAGCGCUGGUCAUCGCCCCGCUCUUCGGGAUCGCCCAGGGCGUGUAUUUCCUGGGAAUCGGGGAGAAGGUGCUGGGGCUCUUGGGAUAGAGACAGAGAAGGCAGAGUCUAAUCAUGAAGAACAAACACACAGUACUGUUUCUACAUGUGGAGAGGGGGGUGAGGAGGGAGGUAGUAAGUGGUUUAAAAAGAGGGAGAUGUCCACUUACUUAACCAAAGGAGUCAGGGAAGACGAGGGGAAAGACAGGGAGGGUUGCUAACGCUAACACAAGCAGUGACGUUGCACACUAAUCGCUUUUCUUUAGCGUUCUAAAAGCUGCAAACAGGGUUCUUUGGGCUAAACAGGGUCCUGAGUGAUCAGAAGGCUGAGUACUGUAAAUGUGGGUGACGCAUUGUGAACGAAACCUCAGCUUUCCAAAGCGGUUUGAAUCGAAUGGAUGAGGCCCACAUCAAGCGUUUUUCAGGAUGACGUUUAACUGCCGCAUCAAUUACAACAGAUAUUAAACUCAACCAAACUCGGGCUGCGUUCACCAAUUCAGAAGACCACGAUAAGAAACACGCACAAUAACAUUUUCAGACACUUUUAAAUACUCACAUUGCAAUUUAGUCAAACACACUGCAGCCCCGCGGGAGAUCUUUCAGAGACGCACACCUGUUUUCACAAGCUCCCACUAUACCGCCUCACGCUCACAGCAGAAGGAGGAGCAGGCGGAGAAAUUUCUCUCCCUCGUGAAGGCGGAAAACUCAUGCCUCACUCAGCUUUGACUCAGACUCAGGAACGCAUGAAUGCAGUCACAAACUUUGUGCGUAUAAAAUAAAAGGCUUAAAAUAAGACCGAA